CUUCAUUUCUUCUCUUCCCUUCGCCGCCGGCGCGCGUUCCGAAUUUAGUUCGCCCGAAUUUGCGAUUUUAUUGUGCCACGUCAAUUCGUCACUAAAGGACGUCUCGUCUCACGACGAAGCUGAUAAAUGGAAAUUUUCGUUUGCAAGUCGACACGUUGCAUGUAGCGAGCGAUGACUGAGAAAUGCGUAAUAAACGUCGACAAACGCGAGCUGUUUCCGGGAGAGACGCUGUCCGGUACGGUGGAGCUGAGCUUCAAAACGGGAAAGAGGGUGAAAGAUAUAACGGUUACCCUCCACGGGGAAGGUGUCCUGCGUAUAGCGCACGAGAAUCGAGGCGACCCGAUUAUUGAGGAGUAUAUACAUGAGGAAGUCGAGAUACUCAAGCUGAAGAAGUACAACAGUGAGGAACGUGAGAUAGUGCUCAUUAAAUCCGGCGACCACUUCUUCGAGUACUUCAUUAAACUACCCAACAACCUACCCUCGACUUUCUCCCUGAAGCGCCUCAAUAUCUCCUACAGAGUUACGGUGGAGGUCGACGUGCAGGGCUUCAUGGAGCCGCUCGAAGACUCCAAGUCCAUUACAAUUUGCAGUUACAUCGACUUGAACACGGUGCUGAUGCCGAUCAGGAGGCCGUUGCGAGCGACCUCCGUCAACGACUCCUGCUGCAUUUGCUUCAAAAUGCAGCCGCUCUCGCUCAAAAUUGAACUGCCCCAAGGCGGAUACGUGCCCUCGGAGAUCGUCAACGUCGCCUGUUUCGUCCGGAACAAGUCGAUGAUGAACGUCUCGAAGGUCUCAUUCAAAAUAAUCCAGGUGUUCGAAUUGGUGGGGCGGUCCAAGACGUACAGAAAGGAAAGGCUCCUGCAGAAAAUCUACGUGCCCGACAGCCAGGUACCGAAGGGCAUGCAGAAACUCUUUCGGGCGCAGCUCCAGAUUCCAGAACAGACGAAGGCUCCCAGCCUGACGAGCUGCCACAUGCUCAGGAUGCACUGCGAACUUGUGGGAAAAGCGGUGUUGCCGUACCCGCAUUUCGAUCUAAUCGCCAGUAUUCCGUUUUAUCUGGGAACGGUUCCCCUGCAAUUCACCCCAAUACCAGAACAAUAGGACAAGUUUUCUGAUAUUUUUUUUACACGCUAGUUUAAGUGAAUAUUUGUACAUAAUUUGAAAUAAAAGUAUA